AUGUCUAACUCUUUGGAAUCAUUGAAAGCUACUGGUACCGUUAUCGUCACCGACACUGGUGAAUUUGACUCAAUUGCCAAGUACACCCCUCAAGAUGCUACCACUAACCCAUCUUUGAUUUUGGCCGCUUCCAAGAAGGCAGAGUACUCCAAGGUCAUCGAUGUUGCCAUCAAGUACGCAGAAGACAAGGGAAGCAACCCAAAGGAGAAAGCCAGCAUUGCUUUGGACAGAUUGUUGGUGGAGUUCGGAAAGGAGAUCUUGCAAAUUGUUCCUGGCAGGGUUUCCACUGAAGUUGAUGCGAGAUUGUCCUUCGACAAGGACGCUACUAUCGACAAGGCUCUUAAAAUCAUCGACUUGUAUGAGUCCAUUGGUAUCUCUAAGGACAGAAUUUUGAUUAAGAUCGCCUCCACGUGGGAGGGUAUCCAAGCUGCAAAGGAAUUGGAGGCCAAGCACGGAAUUCACUGUAACUUGACUUUGUUAUUCAGUUUUGUCCAAGCUGUGGCUUGUGCCGAAGCUCAAGUUACCUUGAUCUCCCCCUUCGUCGGCAGAAUCUUGGACUGGUACAAAGCUUCCACCGGAAAGGAGUAUGAUGCCGAAAGCGACCCUGGUGUUGUCUCCGUCAGACAAAUCUACAACUACUACAAGAAGUAUGGAUACAACACUAUUGUCAUGGGUGCUUCCUUCAGAAACACUGGUGAGAUCAAGGCUUUAGCUGGCUGUGACUACUUGACAGUUGCCCCUAAGUUGUUGGAAGAGUUGAUGAACUCCUCUGAGGAAGUUCCUAAGGUUUUGGAUGCCGCUUCUGCCAACUCCGCCCCUGAAUCAAAGGUGUCUUACAUUGACAACGAGAGUGAGUUCAGAUUCUUGUUGAACGAGGAUGCCAUGGCCACUGAGAAAUUGGCUCAUGGUAUUAGAUCUUUUGCCAAGGACGCCGAGACAUUGUUGGCUGAGUUGGAGAGCAGAUUCAAGUAA